AUGUCUCUGCUACCAUACUUCUUCGACGAAUUCGGCUUCCAGCGCCCUCGCCGCUUGGUGGACCAGCAUUUCGGCCUCGCUUUAACACCUGAUGACAUCCUCUCCGUUGCCGCUGGACCUUUUAUGACCAGGGAAUACUACAGACCCUGGAGACACCUCGCAGCAGCUGUUAAAGAUCUGGGAUCCAGCAUUAAGACGGACGGAGACAAAUUCCAGAUUAACUUGGACGUUCAGCACUUCGCGCCGGAAGAAAUCUCUGUGAAGACGGCUGAUGGGUACAUUGUGGUGGAAGCUAAGCAUGAAGAGAAGAAGGAUGACCAUGGCUUCAUCAGCCGACAGUUUGUGAGGAGGUACGCUUUGCCUGAGGGUACUACGCCUGAGACGGUGGAGUCUCGGCUGUCUUCGGACGGCGUGCUGACUAUCACAGCGCCCAGGAAGGUUCCAGAUGCUGUCAAGGGGGAGAGGAAGGUGCCUAUCGCUCAGACUGGCCCCGUCCGCAAGGAGAUCAAGGACCAGAGCAACAACACAGAAGAGAAACAGGAGAAGUAG